AUGAUUCAGUAUUUCGCUGUUUUAAUGUUGAUUCUCUAUAUUCCUGGCGGCUCGCUGAGAACAACCACCUCUCCUCAGCAACAAAUCACUGCAAAGUUAAAAGAUUUAUGUGAGGUAAGAAAUAUACGAAGAUAAAAAGGAGUACGCCGUGGAUUAGGUACGCCCAGCGGACUAAAACAUUUAUUUUACUACUUUAUCAUCACCAUAUAUCAUUUGCAAAUGCAUUCCAAUUUAUUUUAAAGUCCUUUUUCAACAUGAUCUUUCCCAGCAGGAAAAACCUGUUAAGCUUAACUGUUAAGCUUCUUUCAUUCCACUUUUUCUUCCACAGCACAUACCGACAAUAGGCCAGUCAAUUCCGAGUUCCAAAAACCCUCACUUUUAAAAUGAGGCCAAGUACACAACCUUUCUUGUGAAAAUGAGUUUAAUUUGCUCGAGAACGAGAUCAUUUCCAUAUCAAAGACUGAGCACUUAACUUCGUUUUGAUACAGACGCCCGGGGAAACUCGGAAAUAGCCUGUUCCCUGCUUUUCCUAUCGUACUAAUUGAGGUCAUGGUAUCUAACGUCCGACUUCAGUUUUCAGUUUUUCUUCGUCUCUACAUUUAACUACAAACCAUCUUCUUUUUCAGCGGUCUAUAGUGGGUUUCCCGGGCAUCCCAGGAUCCAGUGGUAUCCCGGGAAUGCCAGGCGUUCCCGGGCCUCAAGGACUCCAGGGAAGGGACGGUACUAAGGGACAAAUUGGUGAUAAAGGAUCACAAGGAAUGCCGGGUUUAAGAGGAGACAGAGGGCGAGAAGGGCCUCCUGGGAAGAGUGGAUCCCGAGGAAUCAAAGGUCAACAGGGACUUGUGGGGAAGAAAGGAGAGCGAGGGAUUGUGGGAAAUCAAGGACUAAAAGGAGACAAAGGAGACAAAGGAGAAAGCGCCAAAGCAAGUCAAGCAAGUAUAGUACUACAAACCAACUGGAAACAAUGUGUGUGGAAAUCAGAAAGCGGUACUAGCAACGGAAAGAUUAAGGUUAUUAGAAUAAGAAUCAUAACACACUCCAAAGAAAAUUCAUUCUUUUUAAAAUAUUUCAAAGAAGAACGUCUCCCCUUGAGCUCUCACUCAAGGUUUGCCAACACAUUAUACAUAACUCAACUAUUUAGUUACAUUUCCCUAUUGGAUCUUUUUGAACGAAAGAAAGGAAAACCCUAGUGGGCGAUAAAAUGAUUCCUGGCCAUAUGGAUAAGGACGACAAAAAUUUAAGUUAUUACAGAGUUUUUAAAAAUUAGAAAGUAAUCUUGACUGGAGUUGUUAGUAUCAAUCGUUACACACGGUUGCUUGCCUUACUACAAUAUGUUUGAUUUGUUUGAUUUCAUUCCAGGACUGUGCGUUUAACAAACUGCAGUUUAAUUCAGCGCUCAGAGUCUCAUUCCAGGGCAACAUGAGGGUCUAUGGAAGUUCUAAGUGUAACCGAUGGUAUUUCAAAUUCAAUGGAUUUGAAUGCAGUGGACCAAUGACGAUUGAGGCUGUUGUUAGCAACUACUGGCCAUCUGGGAAGCCUAAUCUGCUGCAUCAUCGGUCAUUUGAGGGGUACUGUGAAAAAAUCCCACAAGGAGCAGUCAGGGUGGAAUUGUGGGUAGGACAGUGCAAUAGCGUAACCCUGGGUGAUGCUCACACUGGGUAUAAAUCAGUGUCCCGGAUAAUGAUUGAAGAAGUAUCUAGGCCCCAGUCCUCAUAA